AUGGCGGGAGUAAUCAAGUUGACGAUACCAGUUGUUGAAAUUUCGAAAGAAUUGGGCCAUGAUAUAACUUCUAUCAGAAUCACGGGAGAUUUUGAUAAUUGGGAACAUACUGACUCAAGAUAUAUCAACUUGAUUGAUCCUGCAUAUGAUACCGUUGAUUUUGAAAUUGAAUCACCCGUAGAUUGCCAACAAAAUUUGAACUUUAAAUUUAUUAUUGACGAUAAAGAAUGGAUAACAACCGGAUUAUUUAAUAAGAUGCGUGAUGUCAGUGGCAAUUUGAACAAUUCUAUUAAAGCAAUUGACUAUUUGGAAACUACAACGGAUUUUAUUAAUAUAUCUUCGAUGAGUGAACUGAGUAGCACUGAAGAAAUAAAUUUUAAUAAAGAGGACGAAGAUACUAUUUUACAAAAUGACGAAUUUUCAAGUACACAGUCUUCAAGUAACUACUACAAUAGGAAGGAUAAGUUACGAGGAAUUGUCAGUUUUGCAAGAAAUAUGGUGUCAUAUUGGCACAAGAAGUAA